AUGGCGAGCGAAGAAGACAAAGCCCUUGAAAAUCUUCUUGACAUUCAGCUGAAAGACCAGAGAGAAUCGCUUUCCGCCAUUGACGAAGCCCUAGCCUCUGACCCAUCUAACUCCGAACUCCUCUCGGUCCAUGAAGAACUUCUAGGAGCAAUCAAGGAUGUAGAGGAAGGGCUUUUGCACUUAAAACGUGCUCGGUUACUGCAGGAAGCUGACUUAGUGCUGCUUGGCCUGAGUAAUGCUGCUGCUGGAGUCAAAUCCGAGCAUGUCGAUCCUGCAGAUGAACCAGAGCCAACUCUCGAAGAGAAGAAGGAUUCGGAUGGAUCGAAAUGUAGAUUCCGGCACACCGAUGGCCGUUGGUAUAAUGGUCGCAUUAUUGGGUUUAAAGGCUCUGAUUCUACAAAGAUAACUUUCCUUACACCAACAUCUGAGAGUAUGAUCAUGUGCAAGUUUUUCAUGCAACAGAGGUGUCGGUUUGGUAGCACCUGUCGUUCAUCACACGGACUAGAUGUUUCGUUGUCUUCUCUAAAGAACUACGAGGAGACUGAGUGGAAGCAAUCGAUGGUAGGCUCCAAGAUUUGGGCGGUUUCCGGGAGUAAAUACGACAUGUGGAGGGUGGCUGAACUUGAGUCAUGGGAUGAUGAACUACAAGUAGGCGGAGUUGUUUUCAAAGAUGAUGGAAGCUCUGCGAAGCUAGGAUCUGAUGCUAUGGCUUUAUCAGAGUACGCUCAGAUGACUGAUGAUGGUGAAGAAGAAGAGGAAGAGGAAGAAGAAGGGAGUGUUUCAGGCUCUGAAGAAUCUGUUUCAAGUGAUUAUGAUGAAGACUCUCCUCCACAAGGCGUGGGCUUUUUAGAGAGCACAAAUCAACGGAGGGGCGUACAAACUGAGACAGCCAUAUUUGCUAAGUGGGAGAAUCACACCAGAGGAAUAGCUUCUAAGAUGAUGGCGAGUAUGGGAUACCGUGAAGGGAUGGGACUUGGUGCUUCUGGCCAAGGGAUAUUAGACCCCAUCUUAGUAAAAGUACUUCCAGCGAAACGGUCACUGGAUCAUGCUCUUGAGCAUAUUAGGAACGGAGAAGAUAAAACAGAGAAGCCUAAGAAGAAAAGAAGCAGAGGUGGGAGAAGGAAGCGUGAGAAGAAGUUUGCAGAAGCAGCUAGAGCAGCGAAACAGGAAGAGGAAUCAAAGCCAGAUUUGUUUAGCCUAAUCAACGACCGUCUUCUUCCUUCGCGCCAUGAGAAUGUAAAUGGAAAAGAGUCAGUGAAAAAGAGGCAGAACAAUGGUCCAGUAGACAGGAAGGCUCUGGUUGCAUACGAAGACGAAGUCAAGGGCUUGAAGUUACAAGUGAGGAAACUAGAAGAGAUGGUGAACAGAAACAAGAAAGAUCAGAUUGUUUCAGAGGCUGCAACAAGAAGAUUGAACGAAGUCAAAAAGGCAUUGGCUUGUACAUUAGCAGCUCAAGCAUCUGCCUCCAAUGCUGUAGAAAGCAAAGAGAAAGAGAAGAAAUGGCUCAAGUUUUAG